GGCGCCUCGAUUAUCCCUGAGACGCGCGUGGGGACGUGACAACCUUCUUACUCGAAUAAGGAGCCGCUCUCCAUCCGCGUAUCGUCGUGGCAAAAAAAAAGCCAAGAGCACCCACUAUCGCUCCAUCGCAAUGCUGAUCUGAUCCGCAUCAUUUGCGUCAUUUUGCGGGGGACUUUUGAAGAGCAAACAAGCGCUAUGGCAACUGAUUAGAAUGUACAAAAACCCAUGACCACGCACUUGUCCGACCUUACGGCCAGAAGAUAUGGUGUCUGCACAGCGACCCCUUGCAUAAUGUUUUUGAGGAUUUCCCUGGAUGUUGAGGAGCCUUUUUUAUGGUCUGCUUUUGUUUUCUAGAAUUCAUCAAAUAAUAAAUAAAUUACGCGGAGGCCGAGAUGCCUCCGUCGACGUAACAAAUACAGCGAAACGUGAUCGCGGCACGCCAGCGAUCAAGCCGAUGAUCGAGCGACGAUCGAGCGAUCCCAGCUACGCUCAGCGGUGUACGCGUCGGGGGCCUUGGACCAGAGGUUUACGCUCGCGGUCAUAAGCGACUACGACGAUCGCUCACGCUGCUUUACUCACUCGCGGAUCACUCGUGGAGCAGCUCGCACUUACUUAACCUGGAACUCCGCGCUGGUGCUGGCUGGCUAGCUGGCCGCUGCUGCUGCUGCUGCUGAAUCGUUUGGAUUCCGAAACUUGUGUGGAUUGUGGUGUCGCGUUUGUGCGUCGAUUGUGUGCAGUGCGAGAAAGUGUUGUGCCAACGUUACUAGUGACUCCUUUCGAUCGUCGCUUUUAGUGCGGUUCAGUGUGCGUAUCAAAGCCUCCAGCUUCACAAUGCGCGCAUCGUGUGCUUCCCGGGCGGGAGCGAUCCUGUUAGUUCUUGGGCUGGUAGGCAUACUCGCACCACAGCCCACCCACAGCCAGUGCCUCUCGGAUGACGAUAAAAAAUCGGACACGCUGAAUGCGAAGCAAUCACACGAACGGCUCUACAAAGGCGAAUCGAUCUUCACGCUGCAGCUGCUGGACGCCAUCAACACGGCCACACCGAACGAGAACAUCUUCUUCUCACCCUACAGCCUGUACAAUGUGCUGCUGAUGAUGUACUUCGGAGCGCGCGGUAACACCGAUAAGCUGCUCCGCAAUGGUUUAAACCUACAGUGGACGGACAGUAAGGCAACGGUGCAGGAGGCAUACGAUGGUGCGCGUCGAUCGCUGGUCGGACGGUUCAGCGAAAACUCGGCCAUCGGAUUCAGCUCGGUCGAUAAGCUGUUCUUCGGUAGCCAUGUUCCGAUCGCUAGCUGUAUGCGCGAAAAGUUCACCGAAGCCAUCGAGCUGCUCGACUACGUCAAGGAUCCGGAAGGACAGCGGGUGUACAUUAAUCGCUGGGUCGAGAAUGUGACCCGUGGGCAGAUCAAGGAUUUGCUCAUUCCCGGUGCGAUCACACAGAACACUCAGCUCGCCAUCGCAAAUGCGGCGUACUUCAAGGGCUCUUGGCAAACGAAGUUUAAGGCUGGUGAGACGAAAAAGGAAAUUUUCUACAGUUACGGUGGCCAGCAGGACUUUGUGGAUAUGAUGCACGUCGAGGGCACGUUUAGUCAUGCCGCUAACGAGGAGCUCGGAUGUCACAUCCUGGAACUGCCCUAUAGUUUCGGUGGCCAGGAUGACGAUAGCAACAGUGCCGGAAGUAUGAAUCAGGUGUCGAUGUUUGUGUUCCUGCCGCCAUACGAACCGGAUGCGCUGUCGAAGCUGCUCGCACGGCUUGCCGCCAAUACCGAUGUCCUGCACCAGGUGGUGAACGAUGGUAUCUCGCGUAAGGUUGAUGUGAAGCUGCCGAAGUUCAGCAUCGAGAAACAGGUCGAGAUGAAGCCGGUCCUGGAGCGUCUCGGUAUGGGCCAGCUGUUCGAUCAGUCGGCUAACUUCACCGGUUUUACGGCCGGACAGGAACCGAUCUGGUUCGAUGAGAUACUGCAGAAAUCGAAGAUCGAGGUCAACGAGGAGGGCUCGGUUGCGGCCUCGGCUACGGUAGCAUUCAGCUUCCGAUCAUCGCGCCCCGCCGAUCCGGCCAUGUUCCACUGUAACCAUCCGUUCGUGUUCGUCAUCUACGACUUCACGAGCCGUUCCGUCCUGUUCAAUGGUGUCUACCGUCAGCCGGAGAAGUAGAGCUGGACCGCGACCAUCGACGAUUUUUUGGUUAAUUUAUUUAAGAAACCCCCCGCUGGAAGGUGAAAGCUAGACAAGACAAAUAGGAGGGUGAGUGAGUGAGUGGAGUGGGGCGGAAGUAAGGACCAAAGGAAAAAAAACGAAGGAUAUUUGACACAAAAGAUACCCCAGGAACUGCAGAGAGAAAGAGAGAGAGCCCACAGUGGUUUCCGUUCUUUGAGAAUGCGGGGUGCGCCUCAUCGCGAUUCCCUCCCAAUUUUUAAAAUAAUUUACUGCGAGUAGUUACUUUUACAAAGAAAAUAAAAAAAUCGAACAAGAGAAAUCUGAAAACAUGCAGUCAUGCUGCUGCUUUUCUUUGUACGAAUUGAUAUGAGAGCGGAUGAGGAAGCAAUUGAUGACCACGACAAACUCUGCCUGACUUUUGGCUUUUUUCGAAUUUAAAAUAAUCUCCUCUCGGUGGACUUGCCAAUUUGAUAAAGCAGGUUUCUAUAUAUAUUUAAAUAUUUAUAGCUUCUUCCACCGUUCCACCGGUGGCAGAUGUGACACCGAUGAUGUGGAUAUGCAUUUAACAUUCGCAUGAGUGAUCCUCAGCAAUUGGGCAGCCGCUUGUGUCCCGAUCGCGAAGCACACACACGCGCACGGACGCAAGCAAGGUAGCGAGCAAGUGUGUACAAUCUCCAUUUCAGAUAUAUUUAUAAAUCGU